UAAGCACAGACAAAACAAAACAAAUAUUUUUUCCAAUUACUCACACGUGUGACAGAAAUUACGAAAAAUUAUAAAAAUAUAUAUUUAAAAAUUGCGAUAAACACCAACAUUUCAUAAAAAAUGAAGCAAAAAAAGAAACUUGCUGUCGGCUUAAGCCGCGAAGAGCGACAGGUCAUUGUUAUUGGUGAAAUAAUACAAGAACUUUUACAAGCUCACCAAGAAAAGAAAGAUGUAAAUUUGAAUCGCAUGAAAUCGAGAAUAUCAUCCAAAUAUGGCUUGGAAAGUACACCCAGGUUGGUGGAUAUCAUUGCGGCAGUUCCGCAGGAUGCGAAGAAGAUACUAUUGCCUAAAUUAAGAGCUAAACCCAUAAGAACAGCUAGUGGUAUUGCUGUAGUAGCUGUAAUGUGCAAACCUCAUCGUUGCCCCCACAUCAAUAUGACCGGUAAUAUUUGUGUGUAUUGUCCCGGUGGUCCAGAUAGUGAUUUUGAAUAUUCCACACAAUCGUAUACGGGAUAUGAACCGACAUCUAUGCGAGCUAUAAGAGCUCGUUAUAAUCCAUUUCUCCAGACACGCCAUCGUGUAGAGCAACUCAAACAGUUGGGACAUUCUGUGGAUAAGGUAGAGUUUAUUGUUAUGGGUGGUACCUUUAUGUGUUUGCCCGAAGAAUAUCGUGACUAUUUCAUACGCAAUUUGCAUGACGCCUUAUCUGGUCACACCAGUGCUAAUGUCGCCGAAGCUGUAAGGUAUUCGGAAAAGUCUCGAACCAAAUGUAUUGGCAUAACUAUUGAAACUAGACCGGAUUAUUGUCUAAAACGUCAUAUAUCCGAUAUGUUGUCGUAUGGUUGCACCCGUUUAGAAAUUGGGGUACAAUCUGUGUACGAAGAUGUGGCCAGGGAUACGAACAGAGGUCAUACUGUGAAAGCUGUUUGUGAGAGUUUUCAUUUGGGCAAAGAUGCUGGCUACAAAAUAGUUACGCACAUGAUGCCUGAUCUACCAAAUGUUGACUUUGAACGAGAUAUUGAACAAUUUAUUGAAUAUUUUGAGAAUCCAGCUUUUCGUACGGAUGGUUUGAAAAUUUACCCCACUUUGGUUAUACGAGGAACCGGCUUGUAUGAAUUAUGGAAAACUGGUCGUUACAAGUCGUAUCCUCCUUCUAUGUUGGUUGAUUUGGUGGCCAAAAUAUUGGCCUUAGUACCACCAUGGACUCGUGUAUACCGUGUUCAACGUGAUAUACCUAUGCCACUCGUUAGUUCUGGUGUUGAACAUGGAAACUUGCGUGAAUUGGCUCUGGCACGUAUGAAAGAUUUGGGUACCGAAUGUCGUGAUGUACGCACACGGGAAGUUGGCAUUCAGGAAAUACAUAAUAAAGUACGACCUUAUGAAAUUGAAUUGAUACGUCGUGAUUAUGUCGCUAAUGGUGGCUGGGAAACGUUCCUCUCAUAUGAAGAUCCGGCUCAAGACAUUUUGGUAGGACUUUUGCGUUUGCGCAAAUGUUCUCCAGAAACAUUUAGACCCGAACUUAAAGAGGGACAAUGUUCAAUUGUAAGAGAAUUGCAUGUAUAUGGCUCAGUGGUGCCAGUUAAUGCUAGAGAUCCUACUAAAUUCCAACAUCAAGGCUUUGGCAUGUUGCUCAUGGAAGAAGCUGAAAGAAUUGCAAGAGAAGAACAUGGUAGCACAAAAUUGGCGGUUAUUUCUGGCGUGGGUACCAGAAAUUAUUAUCGCAAAAUGGGUUAUGAAUUAGAUGGUCCUUACAUGUCGAAGAAAAUUGUUUAAGAAAAAUUUAUCAGCUAUAUUGAUUUGUAGUUAUUUUUUAUUAUUAUUAUUUUAACUAAAAGGUGAUUUCCUUUUUUGUCUUUAAUUACUAAAGUUGAAGUAAAAUUAAACGUAAUACAAUAUUAUUAA